AUGCAGAAGCUCCUGCUGGCCCUGGCCCUGGGCGCAGCACGCCUCGCUGCGGCGAAGGGCCAGGCCCAGCACGGCGCGGCGGCCCCGGCAAGGGGGCCUGGGCGCGCGGGCAGACCCGCCAACGGCAGCCAGGCAGAGGAGGCGGACGCGCGGCGGCUGCAGGGCGUCCCGCAGCGCAACAUGGCAUUGGUGCUUGGCUGCGACACGUCCUGCAUCCACGACAGGAUAUCGGCCACGUGCCGCAUCCGGGUGGACUGGGCAACCCACCACCGCUUUCAGGGCGCGGUGGACGCCUGCGCGCAGGCGCACGCGAUGGUGCUCCGCCACUGCCCCGUCUGCGCGGGAUGCGACCUCGGAGCCCUCCACUGCCCCGUGCCGUCGACGACGACGACUGCUACGGAGACGUCGAAAACAGAGCUGAGCUUGACCGAGACUACGGCCUCCACGACGGCUACAGUAUCCACGACGACUACCGUCCUCGCGGCCACGAGCACUGCCACGUCGCGGACCCUGACGACCACGGAGUCGAGUGCAGGCAGCACACUGUCAGCGACCAGCCUGACGACGACCACGGCCUCGACAAUCUCCGACAGCCGGCAGCAGCAGCGACGGCGCGACAAGAAGCGCGUCCUGCUGUACACCUCCUCGACGGCAGCGCCGUCGACUGCCAAGACGACCGCCGCAUCAAGAGAGGCGCUCAUGGGAGCCAUGGCCAUGGAGGACACCCCUGAGACGACCACGUGGCCUUACAACUGCGACAUCGGGUACUCGCACUGGCAGCUUGGAUGGUCUCCAUCCAAAAAGGUCUGGUGCUGCCGGCAUGCCGGGCGGGCCUGUGUCACCACUACCUCGGCCACGACGACCUCGACCUCGACCUCGACCUCGACCGCCACCACCACAGCAACCACCACCAGCGUCACCACCAACACCACCUCAUCCACCAUCACCACCACGUCCACUACCGCCACAACCAGCACUACCACUGUCACCACAACGACCCCCAUCGCAACCACGGCUGCGAGCGCCGCUACCACAAGGUCAAAUCCGGCACAGCCUAAGAAGACAAAGGCCACCACCACUACCCCAGCCGUGGCCAACGCGACCCACAUCGCGGCCAACGCCACCGCGAUCCACACCGUGGCCAAGGCGACCCCCACCGUGGCCAACGGCACCGCGGGCGACAACACCAGCGCCAGGACAGCGCUCGACGACAGUUUGGACAUAGAGUUCAGCGCGUUCAACGCCGCCCACAGUGCCGCUGCAUUCUAUGCGCAGCAGACGCGGGAGAACAUGAAGAAUGCGAUCGCCCAGCACCACCUGGUGGUCUCCCCUGGUCUCCUGCACCUUGCACUUCUGCCGCUCCCCCGGCGCUCCGGCUGCAUAUUCCAGUGGCCGCUCGCCUCCAGCCAUCUCCACGGCAUCCUCCAGCGGGCGCUCGCCGCUGACCGCCUCUGCGGCUAUGAGCUUCUGCACCUCGAUGAGGCGCCGCACCAUGGGGUCCUGCACGUGCGGAUGUUGCUCUUGCUGCUGCAGGCGCACGGCCUCGCCGGGCGCCCGCGCCCGCGCCCCGCAGCGCCUGGCGCCCUGGCCGCCGCCGCUGCCGCCACCGCGGCGGCCGCUGCCGCGGCGGGCGGCCGCGGCCCCCGGGGACGGCGCGGCGUGCGCUCCGCGGCCGCAUCACGGGCGGCAGCCUCCCGCGGAGCGGCCGCGGCGGCGGGGGCCGCCCUCGGAGAGGCCGCCGCCGACAGGGUCGUGGUCUUCGCCGGCGGCGUCGUCGCGCCGACGAAGCUCUUGUUGGACAUCCCCUACAUGCUCCAGUUCGCGAACAUGAUGCAGUCCGACGACCUGGACGUAUUGCGCAUCCUCGAGGUCACGGGCGUCGAUCUCCACCCGCAGGAGCCCUCCGUGGCCGGCAGAAGCUGGCAGGCGACCGCCAGUGGCCCUGGCGGCGCGGAGGAGGAGCUCGCGAGCCUGCGGGCGCAGGCGGCCACCGCGCCCGCGGUUGCCAAGGGGCGGCCAGCGGCUCUUCGGAUCAUGCUGAAUGAGAUUCUUCGGCCGCUAAAUGCCCAGAUGGAUUCGAUGAACGCAACGCUCGCUGGCAACUUGACGGCCAUCAAAAAGAUGGAUGGGCGGCUCUCUGCAGGGGUUCAGCAGAACUCAGCCACCAUCAACUCCAUGAAGGGCGACAUUCAGGCCCACAGCGCACGCAUGGACGAGCUGGAGCUCAAACUUCAGAGACAGCAGCAGGGAGCAUAUACCGAAAUGGAGCAGGUCGACGGGAUGGCAAGCACAUAUUCGGCGUCAGCGAGAUUGCAAAGUCUCGAGGCCAGCUUCGCGGAGAUGCAGCGCAAAAUGGAGCACGCGAAGUCUUUCUAUGAGCGGGCUCGCGACCACCCUAUCAAGUUCACCCAAGCCUCAACUGGCACACAGCAUGACCUGCGCAUUGGCUUCGGCGAGCCAUAUGACAUUAAGAAGAAGGGCUACAUCCUCGGGCUCAUCUGGAAGCAUAUCUGCGCAUACAUGCGCACGAACGGAUGCUGGACACCUGCGACAGUGCUCGCCUGCAACAAGUACCAGGGCCUUUGCUACACCACCGUGCGCGACGAGCCGAUUGCUUUGGCGAUGGUCUCGUCAUGGACUGAAUCGGAGGUGGUGGUCGAGACUUGCGCUCAGGAGUUGCGCAGCUUCGGCCUCGCAGAGCAGCAGGUCCAGGACUUGCCUGCCGCGGUCAACAGCGCCUACCAGCACAUCAUAGACCAGGCGAGGUUCCACGAGCACAUCCGCAUCAUACAAGAGCGCAUCCUGGUUCUCGAGCUCCGGGAGCACGAGCAGUCCCCAGAGUACCAGUACGACGACGAGCGCACAGCCGCGAUGGCGACGGGCCUGAUCUUGAACCCAGGCAAGUGCUCGCUGGUAUUUGCUGUGCCAUACUCCAGGAGAUACGCGUGCGAGGUGUUUCGUGUAUCUGGCGUUAAAACUCGGCCGUAUCGGGCCGACACCUUCGGCAAGUACCUGGGAGUUUACAUCGGCCCGGAGGGGCCCGCGGUGUCCUGGGGCGCUCCUGGGACCAAGUGCAUCAAACGGCCGCGGCACAUCGCGUCGGCCGGCUUGUCGCCGGUGCCACCUCCGCUCGAGGCCGGCACCUCGGGCCCAGAGCUCCUAAGGGAGGACUUCGAGGUGCUGGGCACAUGUCGUUAUUUCGCUAGCCGAGAGCGUGGCCUGCGAUCGCUAGCAUCGUCGCAGUUCUUCUCGAACUCUCGCGCGAUGCCUGCCGCGCUGUCGACGCCGAGCAAGAGCGGCCCUGCGGGCUCGCCUUGCUCCGCCGCGGCGGCUUCGCCUGGCCUAUCGGCAACGCGGAGCUCCCUGGCCAUGCGCGCGCCAAUGCCAGCGAAGACUCGCAACCAGAUGAUCGACGACGAGGCGAUGGCGCGCAGGGAGUGCUUCAUGACGAUCAUCGACGAGUGCUCGGCGAACAGUGGUCACAUCUUGCCGUUGUUCAACGAGUUGAACAAACGCUUGAGGGCCAUGGCGAAGGAGGCGCGCUGCGAGGAGGCCAAGUUCGACAUCUUGGCGAAGACGUUCGCGAAGACCGACGAGGAGUUCAUGAUCAGGAUCGUGGUGGAGAUCUCGGACCUCUCGCUGCAGGACGUGGUCAAGGCGAAGCAGAUGGACGACGGCGCCGUGUUCCAGCUGAUGCAGUUCGCGCUUCAGUACCCUAAGGGGUUGAAGUAUCCCGAGGAGGCUCGGGUGGUGGAGGUGCUGAGUCGGGUCUUCAAGACUCGUAUCGAGGUCGCUGGCCAGCGGCUCAAGAAGUUCAAGCAGAACGGUGGUGUUUCGAGUACUGGGAUGUUGUGCUGGAAGGUUGGCUGCUUCGUCCUCAAGUCCAUCGAUGGGCUUCUCUCGGAGGUAGGCCACGCGAACGGCGACAAGGAGCCGCCGAUGCCGCCCGUGCUCCUCUGCGAGUUCUUCAAGGCAUCGCGCACGGGCCCCUACAAGAUCACGAAGGUGACGUCGUCGUCGAAGGACUUCGCGAAGGAAGUGCUGAACACCUUCAACGCGCACAAGAAUGAGUUGGAGGCCGUCGUCCAAGGCCAGGGUUCCAGCAGCUCCAGCAGCAGCGCUGGCGAGGUCCGUGGGCAGUUGAAGACCCUCGUCUCGGAGAAGAAGAAGAAGGCCAUGCAGAAGGCCAGGCAGAGCGCAGCCGAGAAGAUGGCUGAGGGGCGCAUCUUCCUCGAUCAGAUCGGGGAGUGCCGCUACCAGUUGACGGACACGGUGUUGCAGCACCGCGCGCUCUUGAAGUUGGGCGAGUCUUCUGUUGCCGAUUCGGAGGCCAACGACCAGGAUGUGGUCCUCGCUGCAGUCUACCCUGGUGGUGAGGCUGCCGCCAUAGACGCAGAUGCGAUGUUCAAGUUCUCGCUCUUCGAAUCGGCGACGACGAAGGAGCUCUUUACGGUCGAUGAGUCUCUGGGUGAGUCGAGUGUGCAAUCGUUUUGGGAUGUGCAGGCGAAGCACCGUGCAGGUUCUGUCGAUGUCAAGGUUCUUGGUGGGUCAUCGUUCGCCUUCGACUGCUUCGCGUUCGCUCUGCCUCGUCCUGGGAAGCAGCCUCUGUAUUGGAGCAUGCAUUCGAUUUACGACUUCUUGGGGAUCGAGUGUUUCAAGGGGACUCUUUCUAAGUGGGUAUUUCGGAGUUCUGAACGUUGGGAGAGGAGGUUCCCCAUCGAUGGUGGCGGCCAGACUGUGCACGGUUCAUGCGUGUCUUCCUUCACGGCCAAGCGUGUUCAGCUCAGCUCCCCCGCGAAGUGUUUGCAGGUGACUUCGGUGAGUACAUUCGGGAUGCUCUUCCAGAUGGCCAAGUGGUCUUGGAGCCCAUCGCAUUACGGUGGAUUCGACUUGAAGCGAGACUCCGCGGGUAAGCAGGUGAAGGCAGCGCAGGCUUUCAUCGUCAGUGUACUCGAGACUGUGAAUCAGUACAAGAGGCCUUGGUCAUUUGAUCUAGUUCUUGACGUCUCGUGGACUUGUGGGUGGCCUCGUCCUCAGCCUUCGUAUUUGGAGAAUGCCAUGAUCGUCGAGGUUGACGAUUCCUUGGGGGUUGAUUUGAAGGCCUUCUGCGAGAGGGCUCAGGUCGCGUGGAGCGAUACUUUCAUCCACGAGAAUUGGAACAUGUGUCUUUCUGGAAGGUGCACUCGCGAUACCUUUUACAAGCUGCCGAUGAUGGAGGUGCUCAUGCUGACUGCAAGUAAGGCCACGCCCGUGGCAGAGUGCAUUAUCGCGCAGGUCUGCUUGUCGUUGUCUCACCAGCUCCAGAUUGUCAUGGCGUCCGACAACAACGACGGCCAUCUCGUCAGGAGGGAUGUGGAGUUCAGCUUCGACGACCCCGCCGAGGGCUUCGGCGUCGGGGAGGACGUCGACCAGUCCUUGGCCAAGUACGUCACCAACGCGGCCCACCAGCUCGGCAAGCCGCGCUGCGUCUCGGUCGCGACGGACAAGGCGUCGGUGGGCAACUUGCCGCUCCAGGUCAGCGUCCUCGCGCUUCCGUCCAACUUGGCGGUGCCGAUGCCGCCUCGGGUGGUCUCUGGGACAUCCGAGGGGGCCUCCAGGACUCCAGGGUACCCGGUACCGGUGGAUCGGCAGUUCGACGACGAGCUCCACGAGGACCUCAGCCUCAAGCGGAAGGCCGACGAGGCAAUCGCCACGACGGCGAGCGUGAUGGAGCGGCAGCUGGCCUGGCUCACUCGUGGCGCUCCUGGUGCUCGGCCUGGCGCGUGGCGGCCAGUGAAGCUCCACAGGGUCGCCAGCAGGAUUGAGGAUGCGACCAGGGACUGGGUGAAUUGGCGUUGCUUGUCGGUUUCCCUGGACCUCGGCAGCGACGGCGUCUGCGCCACGAACGCCUUGACCUACUUCGAGGAGCUGAAGAUCAACAUGUUGAGGUUCCCAGAUCCUCCGCACGGGGCUAACCGCAGCAUCGAUCACGCGAUCAAUAAGACACAGCUGCGCGGCAUGUGGAUGCUCAUGAUGAUCUCCUUUAACUUGCCUCAUGGCCCAGACCAAGAUGACCUUCGCCACCUGCAGGUUCGCGAGGCCAUGACCUACUGCUUCAACAGGCGCUCGCCGAACACGUGCCCCUUGUUCAUGGAGCUGGCCCCUUACAUGAUUCAGGACUUGAACCGCGUGGGCGAUCAUCUCCCAGGAGUGGAUUCGCCAGAGGUCGAGCUCUGGGAGUACUUGAAGAAGCGCGUAUGGGUCAGUUCUCCUGGGGAGCGUUGCAACACGAACAGGUUCAUGUCGUCCGUUUCCGCUGCCAAGCUGAAUGUUCCGCAUUGGCACAUCGAUUUAUUCGAACGUCUAUUUUUGUGUCUCGAGAUGGACUUCGUGAGGGGCAAGAAGUUCUUGGAGCACAUGGUCAAGGUGAAGACUGGCAAGCAGGAGGAGCUUGGCGAGGGCGCCCCCACGGCAGCUAAUGCCAUCACCUUGGAGGCGAAGACGUUGAGGGGCUGCGCUGCUAACGCCGUCGCGAUCUCGGCCUUGAUGCUGAGCGACCCCAUGAACAGGAAGAUUUGCCUCUCCAUCGCUGCCCUGACAAAGCCUGUGCGUGACUGGCACAUUCGCCAGAACAGGACUCUUCGGACUUCAGCUGCUUCGCCUGAUUGGCUCAGUGUCCAGCUCUUGAGCGAGAACGUGAACCACAUGAAAGACAUCGCUGCGUGCUUUAACAACCGUUGGCUUCUUGAAGACCUUGGUUUCUCAUGCCUUGACGGCGCUUGGUUGGCGAGCGAGGGCGAGAUGAACAUGUACAUGCACGGUUGGCCUUACAAGCGCAUCUUGAUGACGGGCGAGGGCGAUGCUUCCAGGGCGGUGGUCCGUGAGUACCAGACUGACAAGCGCAUCAUCGAUCUUCUUGAGGCCGCCGAGAAAGGCUCAGCAGCAGAGCAAGUCUUCGUCCGCAGCGAGUUCCGCAAGGCGGCGACGAUUCAAUUCGUUCGAGCGUUCGAGGACCUCGGCUACAGCGUCCACGAGCAGAUCGUCAAGCUGAUCAAGGACCGCGUCUCGGGGCUCGUUGGCACUCAGAUCUGCGAAGACUGCGUCGGCCAGGCCAAGAACUCGAAGAUGGUCAUCGGCAACAGGAAGUACAGGCGCCCCGAAGCCAGCAUGGCCACGAUGCUGAAAAACAAGGUUCUGGACGGCAUCCAUAAGUUCAAGAGCGCCAUCACGAGCGUGCCCUUGACAUCGAAGAGCCUUCGUCUUUCUGGCUCGGCCUUCCGCUCCUCCAAGACCAACGCGACCAUGGAGUUCGCGAAGGUCGUCUCCACUAGGCAGGAUGCUCCAUAUUACUCGCCUGGGCACAUUGCUAUUAACCAGCCCGUCGCCGACCUCUACAUGUUGCGGCGCAUCUUCGCGGAGGCGCCCGAGGCCCCAGACUUCAACAAAGUUAACCUCAGUUGGAUCUCGAGCUUCGUCCAGGUCAGCCACAAGCUCGUGGUCAAUCUUCCUGGUCAGGGGUGGUGCCUUGCAUUGGACUACUUCAACAACAGCUGCGCUUUCUUCUGGCCCAUGGAGACUCGCGAGCUCGAGGGCGGCCUCCUCGUGUUCCAGCCGGAGAACUCAACGCGUGGGCCGAUCGUGAAACCGUUGUUCGACCUCGACGUUCCGUCUUGCACCGUGGUCGUGAAGUCGCGGGCGCGCCAGCGCAGUGACUACCCUGCCUUGUGCGUCGGGAUGAACGCGCUGCUCCCCGCCAUCAGCAUGUUCCAGGAGGGCCCGACGGAUGGCCUGUGCAAGAACGCAGCUUCGAAGGCCUUCUGGAGCGUCCCCAAGACCACCCUCCAGAGCGUUGCCAGGGUCAAGGGCGUGGACCUGCCGCCCGGGGCCAAGCUCGUCGAUGUCAUCUUCGCUCUCGUGUGCGAUGCUUUGGGGGUCUCCGAGGUCGAUGCCAUCAAGAUCGUUGCCAGGCGCCACGCCGUCAACGACCUCCAGGCGUCCUUCUUCCCUGCGCUGCAUGAGGUAGAGGAGGCAAUCCAGUGCUUGCACCGCGACGACCACGAAGAGUUCAAGAGCCAGGAGAAGAAGGUUGUCACGAUCACCGAGGAGCUGAACAUCUUCAAGUCGGACUUCCACCAGAAGGCGAAGGCCUUCACGCAGGCUGAGGCGAAGACUUUUUUACCACCUGGUGCGCACAUCUGGCGUGCGGUGUCGCAUGCCGCGUGGGCUGGCCAUUACCCCCCCUACAGCCGCAUCAGUGCUGCUUGGAGCAUGGGGGAGACGGCCGCCAUGAAAGAUGUGAUUCGUCGCUUGUGGAUCCAGUAUCUCACUGCCACUGCCCAGGAUCCGUCUGUGUGCCCGUUUGAUAAUCUUCUCUAG